CGGGGCCCAGCCAGGCCUGCGCCGCGCGCGCGGUCGUUGCCGGGUAACGGGCCCUCCCUGGAGGCUUGACCGUCCGGGUCCGGCCCCUGGGGGCCGCCUCAUUCCGGAACCCUCUGGGUCUCCGCUGACUGACGGGGCCGCGUCGCUGCCGGUGCAGCCGCGGCUGAAGAAAUGGGAAUCCCUCCGCGGCGUUCCCGAAGCGGCUGCCUUCGCCGGGGGAGCGGCGGCGUCUUCGAGGAAACCGGAAGCCCGUGGUGACCCCCAGGCGACCCGGUUUGUUUUCGGUCUGUUUCCGUGCACUGGGGAAAUCGAAACUCGGCGGCCCUUGUGGGCGGCCGUCCUUAACCAGUCCGGCGGGCUGUCAUGGAUGCACUGGUAGAAGAUGAUAUCUGCAUUUUGAACCAUGAAAAAGCCCAUAGGAGAGAUACUCCAGUCUCAAUAUAUUCAGGGGAUGAGUCUGUUGCUUCCCAUUUUGCUCUUGUCACUGCAUAUGAAGACAUCAAAAAACGACUUAAGGAUUCAGAGAAAGAAAAUUCCUUCUUAAAGAAAAGGAUAAGAAUUUUGGAAGAAAAGCUUAUAGGAGCUCGAUUUGAUGAAGAAACAAGUCCUGUGGGACGAGAACAAGUAAAUAAGGCCUAUCAUGCAUAUCGAGAAGUUUGCAUUGAUAGAGAUAAUUUAAAGAGCAAAUUGGACAAAAUGAAUAAAGACAACUCUGAAUCUUUGAAACUAUUGAAUGAACAACUACAAUCUAAAGAAGUAGAACUCCUCCAACUAAGGACAGAGGUGGAAACUCAGCAGGUGAUAAGGAAUUUAAAUCCACCUUCAUCAAACUGGGAGGUAGAAAAGUUGAGCUGUGACCUGAGGAUCCAUGGUUUGGAACAGGAACUGGAAUUGAUGAGGAAAGAAUGUAGCGAUCUCAAAAUCGAGCUACAAAAAACCAAACAAACGGAUUUAUCUCAGGAAGAAAAUCUACAGAGCAGAGAUCUUCAAAGAUUAAGCAUUACAAGUGAUAAUAUGCAACAUGCAUACUGGGAAAUGAAGAAAGAGAUGUCCAAUUUACAUCUGGUGACUCAAGUACAAACUGAACUAUUAAGAAAACUGAAAAUUCCAACUGCAAUUAAAAAAGCCUAUACUCCAGGAUGCAUGGAAGACCUUGGGAAAGACAGCACAAAACUGCACCUGGCAAAUUUUACUGCAACAUACAAAAGACAUUCCCCUCUCUCCCCAAAUGGGAAAACUCUUUGUCAUAGUACAUCUUCCCCUGUACCAGGAGAUAUGAAGGUUUUAUCAGAGAAAGCAGUUCUCCAAUCAUGGACGGAUAAUGAGCGAUCUGUUACUCAUGAUGGUACAGACUUUCAGGAACACAACUCUUUGGGCCGAAAUUCGCUGGAAGACAAUUCUUGGGUAUUUCCAAGCCCACCUAAAUCAAGUGAGACGGCAUUUGGGGAAACUAAAAACAAGACUUUGCCUUUACCCACCCUGCCACCAGUUCACUACGUGGAUCAGCAUAAUCAAAACUGUGUUUAUAAAAAUUAAUUCUGAAGAGAUCCUAUUUGGUCACGAGGAUGCAGAGAGGAUCUCAAGAAAUUAUUUAACAAACCGAAAGUGGGUUUUGAUUAAAUUUUGUAGAGUUCUUCAGCACAUACAUUUGCACAUGCUAUACCAUAUUAUGUAGUUGAUUACCAGUAUGAAAGAUUGCCAUCCAGCUCUAUAUUGUGGCUAAUCAUCAAAAAUAUGUUAUUAAUAUGUUAGUAAACUAAUGGUGUUUCAAAAGGACAGUUCUACCUUUGAUAAUAUAAAUUUUUGCCUCAAAAAAAUGAGAUUUGAAGUUUUCAAAUAUGGUUUUUGCUUUUGAAAAUAAAGUCAUUAAUAUCAGAAAAAUUUGCAAGUUGCAUAAAGGAGAAAAUGUGAAUAGAUUUUAUUUUUGUUGAAUUUACAAUAAUGCAUAAAGAUAAGAAAAAUGAUUGUUACUCGGUGUUACUGUGUUUAAAGGUUUAAUUGGACAAGGGUGGGGGCGCACACCCGGCAACGUUCAGGGUUUACUCCUGGCACUGCACUUAGGCUCAGGGAACCAUAUAGGAUCUGGAGUGGGGCAGGGUGGAGCCCGAGUUGGCUGCUUGUAAGGCAAGCAGCCUAUCACCCAUACUAUCUCUCUGGAACCUAAGGUUUAACUGAGUCUCAUGCUCUACUAACUAAGCUAGGUGAGCACUCCUAAGGCUUAUUUGUUUUUUCUAAAUUCACAAGGCUGAUUGGCAGCAUUAAAUUACUAAUUUGGAAUUUCAAUUUGAAACUUAAAAUCUGAAAUAAUCUGGUCACUAAAAAAAAAAUUGUGCCAGUCAUCCUUCAGAUCCUAAUUGAAAAACAUGAUGCACAGUUUAAAACUGUGAAGUAUGAAUAAACUAUUAGAAUUCUAUAAGUCACCCAAUUAAAGUAGAAAGAGAAUCACAGAAGUCAGAGGUCAGUCUCUUCUAUUCCUUCAGUGGUCCUUAAUAAAAAUCUAAAAAUAUGUAUAAUUAUAUAAAUUUCUUCAAAGGUUUUGCAGCAGCUUGUAACUGUUAACUUCAUCUUGAAAUGUAACAUACUCAUUGAAAAAGUUAUUUUUAAUUAGUUAAGGGGGCUGGAGUGAUAGCACAGCAGUAGGGCAUUUGCCUUGCUUGCAGCCAGCCCGGCCGAGCUGGGUUCGAUUCCUCUGCCCCUCUUGGAGAGCCCGGCAAGCUACCAAGAAUAUCUUGCCCGCAGGGCAAAGCCUUGCAAGCUCCCUGUGACGUAUUCGAUAUGCCAAAGACAGUAACAAGAAGUCUCACAAUGAAGGUGUUACUGGGCCCGCUCGAGCAAAUCGAUGAACAACGGGAGGACAGUGACAAUAAUUAGUUAAGUGAGGACUUUAGUUCUAGAAACCAAAUAAAAUGCUAUGCUGUAUUGAUAUAAUACAAUCAUGACUUGUCCCUAGCUCAUUGAUUUCAGUGGCCUAUUUAUAAACAAGUGAGGAAAUAAUAAGAAUGAUGUCACAUGGAAAGUAUUCAUAUUCUUUCAGGGUGGUAAUAUUAAGAAUAUUAUUAAUAUAUUACUUGACUCAUACAUCUUUUGCCUAAGAUAGUUGUUUGUAGGAGGCCUUUAUCCCUUUUGAUAGACAGUUUCAAAUAUAUUGAACUGAAGAGUAUCUCAGAUCUCUUCUAUAUUAACUGAAUAGCAUACAUACAUAAUGUUCACUGUUCACCAGAUAUUUUUGUCUUUCUAUUAUCUUACUCACUUAUUCAAGCUUGUCUCUGAUUAAUGGAAUUGGUGUCAGAUACUGGAAUUUAUUCUGACCAAUGAACACAGCUGACUCAAGGGAGUACAAUCUCCUGCCAAGUAAUAGAACAAACCCAAUAUGCAUAAAACAAAUACAAGACUCCAGGCUUUAGCUGAAGGAAGCAACUACCUGUGUAAUAACAAAGCAGCAAAAACUAUUUCUCAUGUGGCUGCAUAGGCUGUGUAUUAUAUCUAAUCUAAUGUACCUUACUGGUUGCCUUUUAAAACUAAGGUUGGAAUUUUUUCUCUGUAAAGAAAGUUAAGUCAUAUGGCAUAAUGGCUUGAUUAAUGUUUUGCAUAAUAUCAAGAAAUUGUUUAAUUAAAAUAAAUUAUUUU